AUGACGAGAAAUAAAAUUUAUGUUUUAUUAGGAAAAUUUGGAGAAUAUGAACAAAAAAUGAAUCAGUGUAAAGAACAAAACCCAGGUCGAGCAAGUAAUGACGAUAUAUGUGAUAGUUUUGAUACAGAUAUUUUCGGUGGUACUAAUAAAACACCUCUUAAAGGGAAAUGCCCACAAAUUUUUUGUUACUUAAAAUCUAUAUUAAAUGAAGAUAAAACUAGAUUUAGUGAAUUGGGGUGUAAAUACCUUAAUUAUUGGUUAUAUAAAGAUGUUCUAAAUAGAAAAUAUAUAAAUGGUAUAUUAGGUUUUUAUCAAACAUUAAUCGGUAGACUUAAGAAUGUUUUUGAUGACCAGAUUGUCGCACAUGCUAGGGGAAAAUACAUUCAAGAUGACAAUUUGGCAAAAAUUACAGCUAUAGCUGAUAUGAAAGCAUGCUUAGAUAUUAAAAAAUCUAACGGAAAGUAUAGUGUAUACCAUCAGUUUUGUGAAGAACUAGAAGAAUUUAUACAUUUGUAUAAUAUAGAAACGAAUACCGAAGGUAGUAUAAACGCUGCUUCACUUAAAGUACCCCGAUGCAAAACUAAUACUUCAGCUUCUACUAUAAUUCCAACUAUUAUAAUAUUGCUAAUACCCACAUUAUUAUUCAUUCUUUACAACGUUAAUCAAGAUUUUUCCCCGUAUGACUCACGUUUUCGUCGUGCAAUUACAAAGAUAAUAGAGAAGUGGCAAAAUAUCAAUACAAAAGAAAGGGGUAUAGUACAACAAUCAGAUAUAUCUAACAGUUUCUCAUGUGAUAGCAGGUAUUAUAUGUUAUAUAAUUCCACCUAA